AUGGGCUUGCGCCCCUUCUUGCGACGCCCCCGCUACUUUCACUCCCUCGAUGCCUCUGACCUUCUUCAACUAAAAGUGGAAUUAGAACUGGUGAUCCACUUCCACUUGUUAAUUCUAAGCCUUCUUAAGAAAUUGCCUACUCUGUGGGAGACAAUCGCCACGUGGAGGAAGCGCCAGAGUGGAACGAGUGUGCGGGACCAGCACCGUGAAGCGCGCGGCAUCCCUGCGCUGGCGAGCUCCGGACCUGAGUUUGUGGCCGUGACGCAGACGAGCUUGCAUUUCAGACGAUCAUUUUCACCAAACACGUUUGGCAACACUGCCUCGGUCGACCACUGUGUGGGUCUGGGGAAGCGAGGGGAACAACGCGCCGUCUCGUGCGUGGUCUCGUGCUCAACUAUGCCUCUUCCAGACAAUGAAACCUUUAACAUCAAGUUUGUACAAGCUGUGGAGAAAUACAGAUGUUUGUAUGAUACAACUUCACCUCGGUACAUCUCUAGAGAGGAACAGGAUAAGGCAUGGAACUGUCUAGCAGAGCCGUUUUCCUCUACAGGUGCAGAAUGCAAAUUGAGGUGGAAGCACCUGAGAGGUGGGCUCACAAGAUACAUAAAGAAGAGACAAGCUUCGAAAUCGAUCAAACAGUUUUAUCUUUGGGAUGUGAUGCAGUUUGUACUCCCAUUCCUGAAAUCCAGGACACAGAUAGGAAAUUUGCCUCCUACUAAUCCUGAAGAUGACAAUGAAGACCCUGCUGACGCGGAGGACGAUAAUGCUGAUUAUGAAAAUGAUAUUGUUUGUGAAACAUUAAAGGAAGUUUCUGAAACUCCAAGCACAACCGAAAAUGGUCCAUCACCUCCAAGCUGUGCUACUUCAGUCAGACGAGGAAAGAAAAGAGAUGCAAAUGAUCCUUUGGAAAGAGCAGUAGUUGAUUUUAUUUCCAAAAAAUCCGAUGAGGAAUCAGGAAAUCCUGAUUUACAGUUUUUCAAAAGUAUUUUACCAGACGUGGCAGGCUUCAGUGCUUCACAGAAAAGACGAUUUAAGAUUAAAGUAUUGCAACUCAUAGAUGACAUAGCUAAUGAGAGGUCAGCUUCUCGAUCACCUAGUGUCGUCUCUGCAUAUUCAGGCUCAACAAAUUACAACAGUAGGCCGCACCUCGAAUCACUCGGCGCUAUGGGUGAACCAACAAUGAAGAUGGAACCUUGGGAUCCAGACACCUAAUCAAGAUUUACUGUAUUGUAAAAAUCGGUGUUUGUAAACCAUGAUGCAUA